CAGGCUUGGAAAUCACUUGCUUUAACCCAGCAGCACUUUUAAAUUUUGUAUAUAUUAUUCUAGCAGUCCUCUGUAAAUACUAGAGGCAUUAGAUUUCAUGUCAGCAGUUGGGUCAAAAAAUUGCCAAAACUGUAAUUGGUCAGAAAUAGUUACUCUGUAGAAUUUUACACUGUAAAGGGGAAAACUUCAAAGUGCUUUGAAAUGAAAGAAGAAUUAAGCUGUGUUUUUAUCCAAAUGAAUUGGCAUCUUCAUAUGUAGGGGAAGUUAUAUUGGUAAAUAUUUAUUUCAAGAAUCAUGACUAGGAAGCACUUGGAAGUUUAUUAGAGAAGUAAAUGUUUUACACUCAAGGACAGGAUCUGCAUGUACCUCUGCGGCUCUGGUUGUCUGGUGAAGACCAUUUUAGGUGACUGACCAAGGGAAGGAAAUGUCCUAGUGAUACUGGAACCAUAGAGUAUUGCCAGAACCAUGUCUACUACACAGAGAAAAGAUAGCAGCUGCCUGUUUAACAGUUUUUACACCUGUAAACUGAAGCUUCCAGAAGACGAGCGACAGCAAGAAAAACCUGUCAUUGCUCAGCCAAUAUUUGUUUUCACAAAGAGAGAACAAACUUUUAAGCUUUGUUUCUUCCAGAGACCUGCAGAAGACACUCUGUACGAAGCAGCAGAACAUGAAUCUAAUGGUUUUCCAAGAAAGCGUGUACGGUCUUCAUCUUUUACUUUGCAUACUACACAUCCUCAGUCCCAAGGAGCAUCAACCUUGUCCCAGAAUCUAAUGAGAUCAUCAUCCUUCACUGACCUCCCGACCUUCCCCCCUUCUGGGCCAGUGAAGAAAAACAAUGUUUUUAUGACAUCAACUCAUGUGCAAAAGAAUGUUGAUAUGAACAGUGCAGAACAAGGUCCUGUGAAACAUUCUGAACAUGUUCUAAGACCUGCUACUUUGCAGCCACCUCAAGCUCAAGGGUGUGACCAAGCAAGAACAACAUUGGGACACGAUACCUUGGAAUCCUGCAAGAUUAAAGACAAGACAAAAAAUAAGAUUUCUGAAGGGAGCUCCUGUUUGCUAAGUGAAAAUUUACCCAGUGCCAGAAUGUCAGUCUUGCUGACUACUAACCAGAAUUGGUUAGGUGCUACAUCAGUAGGAUGUCAACCAAACGAAGAUAAAUAUUCUUUUAAAAGCUGCAGUUCUGAUUUCGUGUUUGGAGAAAACAUGGUAGAAAGAGUUUUGGAUACUCAACAUCUCACCGAAUCUCAACCUGAAAAUGAUUCAUAUACCGAGGAACAACCAUUCAAAUCCACACUAGAAUUUCCUGUCAACUCUCCAAAUUCAAACUCUAUUAAAAAUAUAUCCCUAAUUGAAUCAGCUGCUGCUUUCUCUUCUAAGCCAUCACCCAAAUGCUUGCUGGAGAAAAUUGAUGUUAUAACAGGGGAGGAAGCUGAACAUAAUGUGUUGAAGAUCAACUGCAAGCUUUUUAUAUUCAACAAAACAACACAAUCCUGGAUUGAAAGGGGCAGAGGAGCUUUGAGACUGAAUGAUACAGCAAGCAGUGACUGUGGAACAUUCCAGUCAAGACUAAUUAUGCGGAAUCAAGGCAGCCUGAGGCUGAUUCUCAAUAGCAAACUCUGGGCUCAAAUGGAGAUUCAAAGAGCAAACCACAAAAAUUUACGAAUAACAGCUACUGAUUUAGAAGACUAUAACAUCAAAGUGUUUUUAAUUCAGGCCAGUGCCAAAGAUACAGGAUAUCUGUAUGCAGCAAUACAUCAUCGGCUCGUUGCACUUCGAAGCUUUGAUAAACAGAAAGAUGUAAAUCAAGCUGAAAGCCAAUCAGAAACAAUCCUCCAACAAUUAAGCUGUGAAAGCUGUGAUGAGGAUGAGGAUGAUUUCAUCCAAGCAAGUAAGAAUAGAUCAGAUCCUUCUAGGUGGACCCACAGACAGUCGGUUGCCUGUUCAUGAGCACUAUCCACUGCAAAUGUGACAACAUCUACAAAAAGGAUUGGUCACCUUACUUAAAAUACUAAACCAUCUUAACUAAAUGAGAAGAUCCUAUUCAUCCCUUGAAGAAUUUUUAUAGCAAAGUUCAAAAAAUAUAAUUUCUUGGAAUUAAAAAUUUUCCCUUAUGUA